AAUAUCGAUGGAAUAGUUCAGAUAUGACUGUCUCUUUGAGUAUAGCUUCCACCUCCAACAGGCCGAGCUACCUAACUCACCUACCUCGAACCACCGCCAACUCCAAGCUUCGCCCGACAACCACCAGAGUAACUGCUAUUCAAACUCUCUUCGCUCAAGGACUUGAGUGAAAGGGAACAUGAUUCUCCAAUACACUAUCAAAUUGUGUACGCGAGUGCAGCUGUUCUGAAUCCCAGAGUGCUACUUCAUUCCCUCGCCACACUCGUCACCGCUUCUUUGGCUGUUUUAACGCCAGCCAAACCGGAUGAUCUUGUCCGCAUGUGCAGCCAACGACUUCACUCAUAAAGCUGCAUUUAAAAGGUUGACUCGAUUACGGGGAGGGUGAAAGCGAUCAAGAUGAGACUCACUUUACAGGACCGCCUCCUCAAGCGGGAGCUUGGCGGCACCUCAAGAUACUCCGCAAUCCCGGGAAUAUAUGGAGACCCCUCCAUGAUUGAUGAGUUGGACAUUGUCAAUGAACUUGGCGGUCAUGCAGGCUGUGUGAAUGCGCUCUGCUGGUCUCGUUCAGGCCAGCUGCUGGCGUCAGGUUCCGAUGAUCAACAUCUUAAUAUUUAUUCGUAUCAGCCAGAGUCAUCUACAGCGCCCUUCACCCUGAAUACUUCACUGUCAACGGGGCAUUCGGCAAACAUCUUUUCGGUCAAGUUUAUGCCUCAUUCAAACGAUCGAACGUUGAUCACGGCUGCUGGAGACACCGAGGUCCGCAUUUUCGAUAUCGAACAUUCAGCUCGAUCAACCAUUCCGUCUUCAGAAGAGGAGCGUUUCAGUCGCGGUAUCGGCUUGCAUAGCGGCGUCCGCCACUUGAGUUUUGGUGAUGCCAACGCAAGAGUCUAUCGCUCUCACUCGGAUCGAGUCAAGCGCAUCGUUACCGAGUCUUCGCCUUACCUCUUUCUUACUUGUUCAGAAGAUGGUGAAGUACGACAAUGGGAUCUCAGGCAGCCAUCCUCGGCGUAUCCGCCUCCUCGAGGCUCCAGAGGCUUCAUGGCGGCCAGGGCAGCGAGAGAUCUGGACAGCAACACCAGCAUUCCUCCGCCACUCAUCUCAUAUAAAGACUAUCAUCUCGAUUUGAAUACCAUCUCGUGCUCUGCAAGCCAGCCACACUACAUCGCCUUGGGCGGGGCUCAUCUGCACUGCUUCCUGCAUGACAGACGCAUGCUUGGACGGGAUCUUUUCCGCGAGCAUGGCCGGCCUGCAUCAGUGGGAAGUGAUUCCGUGAGGGAUGAUGAGCUCAUGGGACAGGCAACUAAGUGCGUUCGAAGGUUCGCCCCAAACGGACAAACAAAGAUGAAACGGACCGACAAUGGACACAUUACAGCAUGCAAAAUCAGCGACGCGAACCCAAAUGAGAUGAUCGUCAGUUGGUCUGGCGAGUGGAUCUAUAGCUUUGACCUAAUCAAGAGUCCCGAUGCUCGAGAAGCUGAAACACCGCCAGGUGAAAUAGAAAAGGGGAAAGGGGUUGGUCGCGCGCGUGAGUCUCAGGAUCGAAAGCGCAAACGGCCAAAGACAGGCUCCGAAUCCUCUGCAGAGGGCGUCCGCGCAGGUUCGCGGCCACGACCAAAUGAAGUCGAUGAAGAAGGUGGGGAGCUGGCGCUGCGCGUUAGGUACGAAAAUGGACAGAGUGAGGAUAUACCAAUCGAGCAAUCUGAAGAACGUGCGACUCCAAUGGAUCCCGUCACCGAAGCGCGAGAAUCGGUCCUGUCCGGACCGCAAAAACGCAGUGCCAGCAUUGCUCGGCGUUUAGUCGAGCUUCGAAAGCAUCUCUUCUCCCCUCGAACGGAUUCAAUCUCACCGGACUCGGAUUCUGAGCCGACACCAUUUACCGCCUCAUUGACCUCGGCUCUCAAUCAGGCGUCAAAGGCUCUGCCAUGCAUGGAGAAAAUACUCUUGCGCUGGAGAUAUCCAGCUGAUCCGCUUCCGGAAGAUAUCCAUUUCCAACAAACCUUGCGAAGGAACCGCGAGUCUACUAUACGCUUUGUCCAAGCCGCCGGCACUCUUGCUCGAGUCCUUGGAGGUCGGGGGGAUGAGUCGGCCGAAAUACUGGCAAAAUUUCAUGAUAUCCAUGUCUCGAAAUUUGAGCAUAAGGUCACAUACCCCAAUGAGCAAUUUAGCUAUGACUUCAUUCGGGCUAUUGUUUUGUGGCUCGAGGGAGGCCCGGAGAAUCUUCUCGAUGGAUUUAAACGUCCAAUGAAUGCCCGAAAAGACCUUCCUAGAUAUCCCCUCACACCCGAGGCCCCGCUAGCGGCCUUGGAAGAGAGUUUAAAACCGUACCUGCUUGGGCUUGCAACAGACAGGUCGAUUCCUAACGUUGGUGCCUCGAGGUUCGAGAGGGACGAGUACCGUAUCGCAUUUGCAUCGGAGACGGCUGCUGUUGAAGCCUUUUUCAAUGCGGUCAAGAUUCCAUUGGAAGAUCUCUCACGUGCCGUAGUUCCCGCCAACAUCGAUGAUGACGGGUCUGGGACCGCGGUAUCAGCGCAGGACCGACGAGCGGCGAUGAGGUUCUGGGCAUUCAAAGUAGGGAGAGGCAUACUUAUGAACGUCGGUCAAGGUAUCAACUUUGCGUUUGUGGACCGUGCAUUUGGUGGCCUGGGCGUCCCGACCGCAAGCAUUAGGGAGCAAGAGCGUGCGCAGGACACGGCCCUUGCAGCUAUCAGUGAUAGUGAAGAUGAGGAUGUUGUCCAGGACAUUGGCCUUGUGCGACGUCGCCGUUCAAGUUCCCGUCGUCAAGCUUCAGAUGGUCAACCUGAAUCAUCUUCGAGAGCGACUGCAGAACCUGAUGAACCUCCACCGCCGUAUUCGCCACCGCGCCCCGAGAUUAGUGAGCCAGAGGAAGAUGACGACGAGGAUAUUGACGAAGAAAUGAUUCUGCUGAGUGACCUUCAUGAAGAAGUGGUUGAUCAACUCUACAGUAGCGACGAGGAUGGAGAUGACGAUGAGGACAGUGAGGAUGAUGAUGAAGACGACGACGACGAUGAGGAAGAUGACGAUGAAGAUGAAGAUGAGCGCCCGUUCAUGUGGAGAUCCGCUUUUGAUCGCAGCAAGAUGCGGGAAAAAGUCGAAGAAGACGUGCCGUGCUCUUCACAUAUUCGGCAGUAUCGUGGACACUGCAAUGUUAAAACAGUCAAAGAUGUCAACUUCUUUGGCUUACAAGAUGAAUACGUCGUAAGCGGGAGCGAUUCUGGUCAUGUUUUUAUAUGGGAGAGGAAGACGUCGCGCCUGGUAAAUAUUCUCGAGGGCGAUGAAGAGGUUGUCAAUGUUGUGCAAGGGCAUCCAUAUGAGCCGAUGCUGGCGGUUUCUGGCAUUGAUCAUACCAUCAAGAUAUUCUCGCCAGAUCUCAAGGCUCAAGAGGAUGCUCGAAACGGCAUCAACGUUGCCAGGGGUAACACAUCAAACUUUUCGACUCUUGCGUUUGGACGUGGUCGCGCUGGACGGAUGCGCUCGUCGCGAGAGGAAUCCGAGCAGACCACCCAAGGUUUGACCAGUCGAAAGCGUAUGGCAGACAGCUACCAGAUUACGAGUCAAAACGAUGUUGAGCGCCAAGGUGGCGUGCGAGAUGCUUACAUUACGGUUAGUCUGGAUCGAGUUGGAGUCGCAUUUUCGGAGUGGCUUGAAUGGUUUGGCUGACGUGGAUUGGGGAGAACAGAGGGGAAUGCUAGCACAACUAGCAGCAAGGCUGCGUCAAAGACAUGAAGCGGGUGAAAUGGGUGCGGAAUCUGAUGGGCCAAUCUUGCUGGACGAUAAUUGCUCUGUCAUGUAAACAUGUUUUUCCUCUAUUUAAUUACACAAUCUCGGCGUCUCUGGGAAAGAGGGUCCCUUGGCGUCAAUCGAGAAACACUCUAUAGUCUGCAGGGUUGCUAUUGUCCAUUUUUUCAGAAAUUUGUUCAUGGGGUUCGGGCUGAGAUAACAUAUUAUCUGCUUCGUAAAUAUUUAUUUAUUCUCUCAUUGAUAUUUUCUUUGACAAUUAUUACUCUGGUG